AUACAUCAUAUGUUAAAAAUAUAUCUGAAGUAUCUGUUGGUGAAAGAGCCGUUAUACACAUCCACGAAGACAAUUUGAAGAUGUCUGGUCAACAUUCUAUUUUUAAGAAAGAUGACUUUACGCAUAAAACUGCUAUUCGUUCUGAAAUAGUUAAACAUGAGGAUAACUUAAAAGUUGAAGGUGAAUUUAUGGACAGUUCUAAACGAACUGAUUAUUCAGCAACUAGAGGUGAGCGUUCCGAAAUUGUUCACAGAGAAGACAAUUUAAAAAUUGAAGGUGAGUUUAUUGAUAUGCGCUCAAGAAAUGAUUAUAGUAAACACGUUGUAAAUAAAGUAUCUUCARUUAUAAAACAUGAAGACAAUCUGAGAAUGGAAGGUAAAUUUGUGAAACGUGAACAAGUGUCUUUUGUUUCUGCUGAAAGACCUAAUCAAAUACGGCAUCCUGAUAAUUUAAAACUUGAAGGUGAAUUUGAAAAACGCUCUCAUCAUAUUAUUGGACCUAGUGAUAGAGCUCCUAUUGUUAAACCUAAAGACAAUCUCAAACCGGAAGGUGAAUUCGAUAGACCAUCCCCAGAUAAAUACACAUAUGGUGAACGACCAAAACAAAUUAGACAUCCUGAUUCUGGUGAACGACCAAAACAAAUUAGACAUCCAGAUAAUUUAAGACCAGAAGGUGAAUUUGAAAAACGUAUACAUCAAAAAGUUGGUCCUGGUGACAGAGCGCCUAUUGUAAAACCUAAAGAUAAUUUAAAAACAGAAGGUACAUUUGAUAGACCAUCUCAACAGAGUUAUGGACCAAGUGAACGUCCAAAACAAAUAAGGCACCCUGAUAACUUAAAAUCAGAAGGUGAUUUUGAAAAACGAGUCGUACGAAAAGUUAUUGUAGGUGAGCGGACUCUUGCUUAUAAGCCUCAAGACAAUUUACGGAUGGAAGGAGAAUUUGAAAAAAGAGAUCGAACUUAUACAGUUCGAAAGGUUGAGCAAGCUAUAAUCAGGAAACAUGAGGAUAAUUUAAAAGUUGAAGGAACAAUGAACUUUACCAACCAAAACAUACAUUCCGAUCAAAAGUUAUUAGAUUCUGGAUAUACUCAAAAAAUAAUUGAAAAUAAUCAAACUGUAAGCGACCACAAACGAAUAAAUCAAACUGAAAAAUCGCAUUCCUCUUCAAAUACUGAAAACUUUUCUUCAAUCAACAAACAUCAGCAGAAUAAUACGAACACUAGAAAGCAUAUUGAAUCUCAAAUUUCUUUGGGAGAUUAUGCUAAAGAUUCAAAUACAAAUGAAAAAAUUAGUGUCAAAUAUGGACAAUCACAAUUUGAAGGAGAACUAAGACAAUCAGCCGAAUCACAAAACAUUGAAAAUCGAGUUGUGAAACAAUCAUCUAAUUCUACGUUCCAAAAAACCUUAAAAUCUGAACAACAUGUGGAAAGAAAAAAAUGGGAGACUUCUCAAAAGAGAGAUUAUUUAAAAGGAUCCGCAACAGAUUUAAGCAGUACUAAAAAUUUAUCAUCAUCGAAGCAACAAUUAAACCAGAUCAACGAUCAAAGAUAUUCAGAUAAUAUAACUCGUCAACAUUCAUCAAAUCAUCAUAACCAGAUGUCUUCACAAAAUGUCAGCAGUUCAAAUCAGUGGCAUGGUCAAACAAAUGAACAACAUAUUUACUCUUCACGGCAGUCUCAAGAAUCCAGAAGACAGUCAAAUCUUGAUAGACUACAAAAUGAUAACCUUGUUGACAGAGUACAAACUACACAACACAGACACGGGCAUCUGAAUGAUAACGRUUGUAAAAAUUAUUCUUCACAGCAAAGAACUCUUCAAAACAUUAGUCAGUCUAGUCAAAAACAUACCAACGAAAUCAGUGGUCAAAACUAUAAACAGAGCAUUACCACUAGUAAUUUGAAAAACAGUGACCAAAUUCGACGGCCUGAAAGUUUUGUUAUAAGUCUGUCUGACGAAAAAUCUACAAAUCAUCGAAAAACGUUAUCUACAGAGCAGCGUUCUGAGCAUUCUUCAAAUAAUCAAAUGAGUAAAAUUUUCAAAACCGAAGUAGGUAGACAAUCAUUUGUUAGUGKUAAUACCAAUGAGAACAACUCGAUGAGCCGUGAUUAUUCUUCGGGUUUGCAUUCAAGCAAGUCAUCUUUAUCGAAUGAACAAUUAAACAGAAACAACAGGUAUGAGACCAAUAGUCAAAAUCUGAAUGAAUACAAUCGGGAUCAUUCUAAAUCGCAACAAAAAUCCGAGCAGUCUACAAAUCGCUCACACGGCAGUGAAGUAAAAAGUUAUUCCACCGCAACGUACAGGAAGUCUUUGCACAGCACUAGUUCCAACGUGUUGAACAUCGAUACAUCCAUUUUCGAUAGGAAAACACACAGUGACCAAUCUCAUCACCGUAAGUCCGUAAUAAGUUCCAACACCGAUCUAAGCAAUUCGGUGUUGCACCGCAAAGGAGAUGUGACGCAUAUCGAAGCGCCCCAUACCACUUCUUCGGCAGCUGCGGCCCAAAGAAAGAGCAUCAAUACGUUGGACUCGACAUUUGUGGUAUCACCUCCAGACAAUCGGAACAGUAUUAGUGCUAUGCACCGACAAGAUAGGGUGUCGAGAUCAUCUACGAACAGGUCAUAUAUCAGUCUCGGCGAUUCGUCAAUGGAAUCAACUAUUAGUCAUUACAGAAACGAAUAUAAACCGAGAGUGAGCGGCCCAUGCCCUGUUCCGUUAAUUGAAAGAAAUCAAGCGCCUUUUAAACACACUCGGGAUACAAAAACACACAAAUUCUAUAAGUCRACUACACCGGACAGAGAUCGGAAAUAAAUUGUCUAG